CAGUCACCAGUAGUGGCGACGUAAGAGCGUAAAAAAAGUGACAGAAAUCGAAAGAAUUCAUAUUAAAAACAAAAAAUUAUUGCGGAAAAUGGACGGUAUCUCAUCGAUCGUUAUCUUUGCAAUUUCCGCAUUUAGCGGAUUGUUACCACCCUCACACCGCUUAGCUGUUGAUCUGGCUCUUCAGCGUGUGGUGUGGGGGUGGUUGCGCGUUGCUUUCGGAAGACGCGGCACUUCUGAAUUUGGUCCAUGCACCGUGACUGCGUUUCCUCCUUUUUGGAUGCGCGAUUGGGGCUAAACAAUCCUAAAGAGGAAGGUCGUGAAAUUUUGAACAGGGGGAUACUACUAGUUAUCUAAGCAAACGGCUUAUCACUGACUCUACCACGGUAAAGAGCCGCUCUA